CUGGCCCUCAAAGGACAAUAUAUUUCCCAGGCUGCUGUUUCCAGCUACCUUCUCCUCCAUGCACCCCUCAGAACAGAAGAAGAGGAACAGAUGAGGGACUCGGGGACCAGUUCUACAAAGAAGCAAUUGAGCACUGUCGCAGCUACAACUCCCGGCUCUGUGCUGAGCGAAGUGUCCGCCUUCCCUUCCUGGAUUCACAGACUGGUGUAGCUCAGAACAACUGCUACAUCUGGAUGGAGAAGAGGCACAGGGGACCAGGCCUGGCCCCAGGUCAGCUGUACACAUACCCAGCACGUUGCUGGCGCAAAAAGAGGCGUUUGCAUCCCCCUGAGGAUUCCAGGCUGAAGCUGCUGGAAAUUAAACCUGAAGUUGAUCUGCCUCUGAAAAAAGAUGGGUUCACCUCAGAAAGUACAACUCUGGAAGCCUUGCUGCGUGGAGAGGGAAUAGAGAAAAAAACAGACACUAAAGAGGAAGACACUAUACAAGAAAUCCAGAGGGUUUUAGAAAAUGAUGAAAAUGCAGAUGAAGUGAAUGAGGAAGAAGACUUGGAAGAAGAUAUUCCAAAACGAAAGAACAGGCCUAGAGGACGGCCAAAGACCCCCACCUGGAAAAAAAUUUUCCAGAAAAAUGCUCGGGGAUCUGGAGGUGGCAGGAGACGGAAUGAUGCUGCCUCCCAGGAUGAUCAUGACAAACCCUAUGUUUGUGACAAUAGUUACAAACAAAAGCAUAACUCAAAAAUCUCCGACAAAGUCUGUGGCAAGCGUUACAAGAACAGGCCUGGGCUGAGCUACCACUAUGCUCACACUCACCUUGCCAGUGAAGAGGGUGAUGAAGCCCGUGAGCAGGAGACCCGCUCUUCCCCUGUCCACCGAAAUGAAAACCACAAACCCCAGAAAGGACCAGAUGGGGUCAUCAUUCCCAAUAACUACUGUGACUUCUGCCUCGGAGGCUCCAAUAUGAACAAAAAAAGUGGCCGGCCUGAGGAACUUGUAUCAUGCUCAGACUGUGGGCGCUCUGGACACCCGACCUGCCUGCAGUUCACCACAAACAUGACUGAGGCUGUUAAAACCUAUCAGUGGCAAUGCAUUGAGUGCAAAUCCUGCAGCCUUUGUGGGACCUCAGAGAACGAUGACCAGCUGCUCUUCUGUGACGACUGUGACCGUGGCUAUCACAUGUAUUGCUUGAAUCCACCAGUCUUUGAGCCCCCAGAAGGGAGCUGGAGUUGUCAUUUGUGCCAGGAGCUGCUCAGAGAGAGAGCAUCAGCUUUUGGCUACCAGGCCUGAGGAGCUCCAGCAGUCAAGAAACACCUUGCUCCUGGUGUUGCCAUACCAGCACACAAUUCCCAUCCAGAACACAAAGACACAACCCACAUCCAAACGAAUGGACACUCAAAUACAGGAAGAGGUAUCUGUGGUAUUCACUGUCACUAAGGCCAGACCUCCUGGGCUCUACUAGGACUGUGUACUUGCCCAAUGCUCCAGAUGAAAUCUCUUCACUGCUAUGCAUGGUUGCUGCUUGCCAUUAACAGGCUCACAUGCAUUAUGGAAGGGGGAGGGUUGUUAUACUGACAUGGCGAAGUCAAUUUUGUGUGGCCUUGUGCUUUCUGUUUAGUCUUUUUUUAAAUGAAAAAGUAGUAAGAUAUUUCCCAAGGAAUUAUUGGUGAGUACUUCAGCUGGGAGCAGCACCAGGUGUUUCUCUUCACAGGCUUGACUGGAAAUCUCUUUACUGCAACCACUCUGUAUAUGAAUGGGGGCUUAAGAGGGGUGCUCUGAGAGUUGCAUUUAGUUCAGUACUUCCCAGUUCAUGAAGAGCACAUUGUCACUGAGAGAAGCACUGAUCAAAACUUUAUGGGGUGACCCUUCCUCCGUUGAAUCAAAUGCCCUGAUCUGGCAGAUCAUUAGGAAUCUGUUUUAAGUGUAUCUGAAGGAAGAGCAGUACUGGUAUGUACACACACAGAUGGCCUACUGCCUUUGGUAUUUCAGGAUAUUCAGGCAUACUGUCCCACUGCAAUGCCAGCAUACUGUCCAGACAUGUAAUUUCUUUUUGUUCAGAAAAUUCUGAGUGAAAAAUCUUAUGUAUGUAACUGACUUUUUGUUUAGCUCAGAAAAUUGAAUAAAAGAAAAAUUGUCAUCUUAAGUUGAUCAUAGAAAGUAAAACUGUCCGUUUUCUGAGCAAUCUAACAUAAGUUGCAAAAAGGAACAAUUUUGGCUUAAGGUCAAAUGAAGCACUUUGAUUAAUUUUUUGAAAUUUCUAAACUAAAAUGUUCUGCAACUGAAAGCUGCGUUUUCUGGGAGUUGCCUAAUCCAGGCUUUCAGCAUUUCCAAAGUGUUACUGUUUUUUGUCAAAGUAAUUAUCAAGAUAUAACUGAAUUUCCAAAUAAUUUUUCCCCCAAAUUCUCUACAUCUGCAUUUUUGGCCAAUGACACAAUUUAUCUAAAAACCUUCCGCAGCUCUAAAGAAAAGAAUAAUUUGUUGAACCUAAUAUGAAAAGAAGAAUUUUCAUAAUGAUCUAAAAAUUUAAAUAGGAAUAGUUCUACUUUAUUUAAACAAAGCUUUACAUGUGAAAUGAAGAAAUGUUAAGUGAGAGCAUCCAUUGAAACAAAUAUAUUGCAGUUGAAUCUCUCUGAAUAAUUUAAGACAUUACUAGGAGGAUGAGCACAUCAAAUAUUUUCUACAAGAUACAUCUUUAAGGUUAAAAACCUACCACUCCCUGAACUGCCAAGUAGCCCAGAAUAACCAUUUUCUUGGGUAUGAUAUAUAUCACUUUCUAUGCAUAGAUUUAAGUGGGUUUAUAAUAUAAAUUUUUGAGAGUCCCAAGCAGCAUGUGACUCAUGUUGCUGGUACAAGUAGGUGAGGACACUGAAGAUUAUAUUUGGCAUGUUUAUAUUGGUUGAAACUCUUCUGCAAAAUUAAACGUCCCUGAAUACUUGAAAGACAUUGUGAAACAGUGUUGGUGAGCGAUUCCUUCUUCCUUCUCCUGCUAAUUACACUUAGUUAGGAUGAGCUAUACUGACCUAGUGCACUUUUCCUCAUUAUUUAGCUAGUUGCUUCCCCUUUGGUUCAGCUUACACACCGAAAGUAGCUGUGUCAGCUACUGGAUUCUCCCACCUACUGUUCCAGCCUCUUCUCAGGCUGCAGCAGGAGUACUUUAACUUGUUACAAAAAAACGUAGGAAGUAUUUAUCCUAAUUGUAUUGGACCAAAUCUCUCCUGGAGCAGCUGCACUGGCUACCUGUAAAAUUCAUUCAAUACCUUAUGCUUUCCAUGUGACAGUCCUUCAAUGAGCUGAGAGCACAAAGAAAUUUGAGCAUCAAGUCUGGGGAGAGCAAAGUGGAAGCCUGUGCACUUGCAUCAGUUGUCUGAUACCUGUUGGGACAAGGCUCUAGAGCAAAUGUAAAAUAAACAAUCUUCCUCCCAGCCUGGAACUGCCCUGGCCCUGGGGAGCCCUUGGAGGACCCAGCUGAUCUGCAUGAGCAUUUACACCCAUCUGUUGGUGUGGCUGAACCCUGCCGAUCUGGCACUUUGGAAUCAUCACAUGGUUCAGUCUGAUACAAAAUCCUGUGGCUGUUGUGGCCAGGAGUGCAAGUGUGUAUUCACCAGAGACACCACUGGGCUCUCUCACAGAAAAUGGGUGUUUUGGCAAGAGUGACUGGAGCUGAGAAGUGUGUAUGCUGGAGGAAACUUUUAUGGUGGUGCUGGUGGUGGGAUCAGCAGAUGUGGGCUAGCGUUCAGGCUGGUCCUCAGCUACCAGUCCUGCUGGACGUAGAGACUUCCAUCAUAAAAAUGGCCAUCGCCUUCCAGUUUCCUGAUGUUUACACUGACCUUGGGGGAGUAAAACAAUGCAUUCUUAAAUGGAGAGGAAAUGCAUGUUGUUUUGGCCUGCGUGUUAAGCAGACACUGAUGGCUCAUCAUGUAAGUCUCUGGUAGCCUGGUUGGUGGGACCAGCUGGUGCAGAAUUUCAGUGGUCUCCAUCCCUAUGCCAGAGACAUUGCUGAAGAAGCUGUGCUCUCUGUGCUCACCUGCUUUCCUAUUUUGUGCUUUUGAUCCAGAGUGCUGACUGUUUUCUCCUCCCACAACUAUUCUGCAGCCAGCAAUAUCUUUCAUGUUCAGAAAUACUCCUCCGUGGCCUUGCUGAAGGCUCAUCACUAAUGAGGUAUGACAGAAGGACAGAUUGCUAGAUCUUCAAUGCCAAAGUGGUGUUUGCCAUCUGAGAUCAGUGUGACAGGGUGCUUACCCACAGUGGACCAGCCGUGUUUCAUCUCUCCAGCUUUGUACUGUGUGCUGUGUAGCCAGGCAGCUUCAGGUAACUUUGGCAGCAACUCCUUUUGGAUAACCUAAAAAAGGUCAGUUAGAGAAGAUCAUCUUUGUUGAUACAGUAAAUUGCACAUUACUUCCUUCAUGCCCACAAUGGCAUCUCCUUGGGUGUUGGCUACCUCGGGCUGUUCCAGAGAUUGAACAAUUCAGCUGUAUUGUGUGAAACCAUGGCUUGCGUCUGGCUCUCCCUCCAUCACAUUUGUGUGCUGUGCUGCCCAGUUUCCUCUCCAUGGUGGGAAGACUGCUGAGGAGGAGAGCAGUGCGGUGGCAGACUCAGAAACCAGAGGGGUGGAGAAAUGAUCACUGAACAGGGGCAUCCAAGUGGUACCACUGGGGAAGUCAACUCAUGUUGCCAUCACAGAGCCUCCCCUAUAGCUUGGAAAGGGCAAUACGUUUAAGAAACACGAGAUGGGUCCUAAUCUGCCUCCAAACUGUGCUGCCAUAGCUGUGUUGCACAGUUUACAUUCUGUAAACAUACCUCAGACCAGUUCUUGAGCUAGGAAAGCCACCAUCAAGUGUGUUCUUCUGAAGCAAAUGUUACUCUAAAUAACUUUGAAAUAAUGAUUUUUCAUCUCUCUUUAAAAGGAGCUUAGUCAAUUCUGCCCCAAAGGAAGAUUCUCCUGCACCAUGCAGUGUUAUGGGGCUGUAGCAUUUUCUUUACACCUACAGCAUGUGUUGUGACAGGGGUCAUUUGGGAGGUGACGAGUAGAUGGGGGUAGAAAGGAAUAUUAAUUAAGCUUGUCACUGCCAGAGGGAUAGUGUGCAUUGUGUGCAAGAAAAUUCCAGCUAGAGCUGGGCAUGAUUUUUCUGUGUGGAAUAUAUUUAUUUUUAAAAAAUGUGCUUUUGAGAGAACCAUAAUUAUUCAUACAUCAAAGUCCAAUCUGGCAAAUUAUUUCAUACAAAAACUAUGGGGGAAAUAUCAGAAGAGUUGAAAAUUAUUGUUUCAAUCUUUUUAGAAAGAAUCACUUCAGUGUUUGAAUUUUAAAGUUAAUGUAAUUUAUAUUGGGAAAAAUCUGGCACCAGCGUGUGGGGAAAGAAAAUGUAAAUCUUAUGGAGGACAUGAUUAAAAGAUGGAUUAUCUUUUCAGUGUUGUUAUGGGAGGCUGUGGGAUGAUCACGAGGAGGUCACCUGACAUUUUAACAGUUGACCAGUUCUAUAAUUUUGUGAAAAUAAGUUCUGUGGAGAGGAGCAGGCAGACAGGACAGGAAAGCCCUCUUCUCUAACUAGUUCUGGGUUCAUUAUGAUCUUAGCAUCUCCCACUUUUGCACGAUAUACUGCAUGACAGGACGAGGGGAGCGUGCAGCUGAGCAGGGUGACCACGGCUGCCAGGCAGGAGCAGGGGGUGUCUGCAGACAGGGUCCCCAGCCAGACUGGCAGGGAUGCUCACAGAUUCAGGGCCAAACCUAGAGCUCAGUUCCCAGCCACUGACCUGGGUGGGGGACAGCCUGUCCUGCAGUGCUGUGGGUCAUGCCUGGCUGCCCAUCGCAGGGGCACUCAGCUGCUCUGAGCCAGUCAGGGAGCGGCACAUUCCCCAUGCCCCACCUAUGUGGAGUUAUAAAGCAAGGGGUUUAUUUCCUCUUACAACACGGACUGCAGCACUGCUGUGGGCAGGUACUCAAAUCUGUGCCUCGCUUCUGGAGAAAAGGCAGGAUGGCAAUUCUUAGCUGCUUUUGCAAAGCACUUGGAGCCUACAAACAGUGUGCAAGCCCCAAGUGCUGCUGUUUCUCACAGUGAUGCAGACCCAGGAUGUGGCAGAGCAAGAAGAACCAGCUCUUCUGGGCUGUUCCUUACCCCAUUUAUUUCUGCCAGCCACAGGCCCAUGACGCUGCCUGGGAGAUAGGAACAGGUGACAAGCCAGGAGUUGGGUGUGACAGAUCCAAGACCCUGCAGAUGAAGCAAAAAAGUUUAAUUACAAUGUCUGUGCUUCUCCUCUGGUGAAAGAGGGAAGGAGUUGUAACUGGCAGGCACCCAAAUCCAUCUUCAGUGGUGAUACAAUUACUAGCAAUGACCUCCAGCCCCAGCAGCAGUUAAAUGGCUUUUCAGGGCAGGCACCAAAUCUGGUCUGGUUUACAUAAGAUAAACUCAGAUUUGCUAGAGGGGCAGGGAGAGGAGGCGGGUGUCUCUGGUUUGAAGGGGACUGUUUUACAAGUGCAGUUGCCCAGCCCACUCCCCAUCAUGUUCCCCUGGCUGUGCAGGCUCAGGCAGUGUCCCCACUCUACCAGUGCCGGUGCCAUCAUCCAGGGCCAAAACAUCACGUCCCCACUCCUGGGGAGCAGUUUUGCAGAGAGUGCUGGCACUGUCCCAGCUCUGUCUCUGGUGGUGCUGGCAGGGGCACAAGGUCUCACUGCACUGCAAACAAGGGAGAGAGUGACUGACGCUCCCAGGCAGUGUCCUCGGCCCUUGGGGUCAGUGGCUGUCUUGAAGGAGGCAGGCUGCAGGUUGUGCAAGCACAGUUCUGCUGUCCUGAUGGCCAAGCCUCAGCACAGGUUAGAGGAGAGGUGCAUCACUGUCCUGUCUCUCCAGCUGCACCACCGGCGUGUUUGGACAGUCCCCCCAGCACUGUGCAUUGAGGCACAUAACUGAGGGGUAGCAAGUAACAUGGGGGGACAGAAGGGGCUUCAGGGUUUACCCUUUUAUUGUAUGCCAGUGAGAAUGCCAGGCAUUUUGCAGCUGGGAAUCAAGCCAACAGCUUAUUAAUAUUUGUUGUGUAUUCCUGCCAUGCUGGGUGAAAAUGUAAAGGGUUAUUACAUCAGUGCAUUUAGAAUAUAUGUUGUUACUGCUGUUUUGAAAUGAGGAUACUACUAUUUUCAGAUCAGCUUACUGCCCUUUGUGUGCUUGAAGUUAAAAACAAAACACUUCAUACCUGAAAAUUGCUGAUUUUUCAGGUAUUGAUAUUUUCUUUCAGACUCCUGUCAGUCUAGUUAUCCAUCUGAUUCAGUUCAUUGUAACAAACUAUAGGUUUCACCUCCACGGUGACUCAGGAAAUAUUUCAUCUCUUCCCACUUUCAGAAGCUAGGGAGAGAGAAGGGCAGGGUUUAUUCUUUGUAUUCUGAAAGACUGAUAAAGGAUGACAUGUUCAUUUCAUGUUCAUCUCCGUUCCACAUCUUGAAUGAUUGCAUUGGUUGGCUGGGAGGGCAUUCCUUUCCAUAGCAGUCUGAAAGGUCUUUGCUGCCAUGGCUCACCUCUGUAUGAGAAAGCACAGUCCAGUAUUUUGUCCACUUGGAUAGGACUCCUCCUGCUAUUGCCAUACAAGCCAUUGAAACUGCUAAUUCUCAUCAGCGACCCUUGUGCCUACAAGAUAGGGACUUCCCUUCCAGUUCUCAAGAUUUUUCUGCCUGGAAGGCCAAACCCCCUGCUGCCCAUGAACUCUGAUGGAGCACAGAUCUGUUUCAGCCUCAACAUGUGCUUCUGCUGGACACAGGACCUCAUUUGGAUGUUCACAAUGUACUGCCAGUGCAGAAUUUGCGAGCAGGACUAAAAAGGAAGUAUCUGCUGAAAAUCAAUGAACAAGACAUGAAUGUUAUACCUAACCUACUCUUCCUUCAUAGCUCUCCUAGGAGUGUAACACUAGAGAUGUGUCCCUGCAUUUUGGGAAGGCUGUGCAUGAGGAAUUUCCAAGUGUCAUCUCCUUCGAGCUUCAUUACAGAACAUCUUGCCUUGUUCAUUCUCUUUUUUUUUCUCACAAUAUUUCAGAGAGAGUGUAUACUAGAACUGAUUUGAAAGGUUUAGAACAAUUCAGAAAUAGGUCCAAAUCAAACCAUCAGCUUUUAUCUCUCCCUUAGAAGUGUUCAACAAACCUUUGAUCACUGCAGGGAAUCAAGCUUGUGUGUUUAUUUAAUCUCAACUCAGCAUUAAGGUCAUACAGUAGUUCAUAAAGACUUUUUAGUCAUAAAAUGUUCUUUAAAAAAAGUGAGAGAUGUUUCCUCUUUACCUUGAUGUCUUUCCAUUUCUUCUGCUGCAGCAGAGAUCAGCAGCCUUCCUGUUUACUUAAACUUUCUUCCAGCACUGCAGCCUGGGUCAGAAGUGAUGGGGAUAGUCUUGGAAAUAAUUUAUUUCAUUGAAUUGCAGAUGUAAAGAGAAGCUCAAGAGCAUUUAAGUAAAUUCUCAUCUGUGCUACUCAGUCAGAUCUCCUAAGAACCAGAGGCUUGUGUACAUGUUACUUUAUUGGUUCACCUUUUCUUCACCUCCCAUUUCAGAUUGAAUGUGCCAUUGGUAUAUGCUUUUUUUUUUCACUAGAAGUGGUUGAAAAGAAAAACAUCAACAAUUAAAAUUGGGGGUGAGGAAGAUAGAGUUACAAUCUUUGCUGUUGAUCCUUUAUUUGAUUUGGGACAACAUUGUCCCCAUUAUUCUAAAGGAAAAUAGAAGGAGGAUAAAUCUGUGACAUCAUAGCUCUUCUCCCAGAUAAAAGCUGUUUUGUCAUCAACUUGUAAGUGCACUUUUAAAAUGCUGGAGUCAUGAUCUCUGAAUAAUGGCAUUGGCAGAGCCUUACUGUGUGAUGCUAUAGUAUUGAUUUUUAAUUAGGAGACUUUAAGUUAUAUAUACAAAUUUAUAUACAUGUAUAUAUGCACACAUAUAUAUAUGUAUACCAUAAUGUUAUUUACUGUAAACAUUGCUCACUGAUCAGGAAUAGAUCUAGAGUCUUAUAAUAAGUGUUACUAAAGAAGGAGGAAAGAGAAAAUCCUACUUGUUUUGCAAUUUGUGUCAGCAUUCUAACAAAACAGGGCAAUACAUUAUCGCUUACAACUUAAUCUGAGUUGUAUUUGCAACAUGAUUUAUCAACACAUGAAAGAGAACCAAUGUUCUAAAAAGUGGGACUGAUUCUCAGCUGCUCUUAGUCAACAUUCAUCCAUUGACUUUAAGGAGUUUGCCUGGUAUCCUUAAAGAGGCCAAGUCUAAGUCGUGGACUUUAGUCUUUACGAAAAGGUGUGUGGCUGCUUAAUAGUUGAGCACACCCAACACAUGCAAGAAAACAGUUAUUUCUAUCUCUGUCUCUAAGUCUGGUCUGGUCUGUUUAUGCCCUGUUCUGGCUCCAGUGAUGCCACAUCACAAGCUCCAAAGGAAAGUGAGAAAUCUCAGCACAAGAUAAUGAUGGAACAGUCAGCAACCAGGGAAAAUGUCUCUCUGAUUUCAGUAUACUGCCUUUUGAUUUUUCUGUAAACAACUCCUCACUGCUGUAUCAGGAAACAGUGGACAGCAGCACAUUAUUUUCCCUACCUGUAUGAGACCUCACUUCAGUCAGCUCUAUCCUCCCCUCUCUUACGCAUUUCUAAUCUGUUCUAGUAUUUUCUAUCUCUCUGUCUCUUCACGUGGAAAUCUUUUCCAGCCCCUCUCAUUUUUAGCAUCUCUCUCUGGAGUCAGUCUUCUUCAGCAUCAUUUGCUCUGAGACGGGCACCCAGGAUACACCACAGAUGUUUAAACGUUCCAAGCUUUACUUCUCUCCCAGUGGUAUGUCCUGAGAGUGUGUCUUUGCUUUUUAGCCAUCCCACGAGUGGGCCCAUGGUCACCUCUGGGGUAUUUUUCCUUUGUGGUUACAGCUCAUCCCAAAGGAACCUAUGUUACAGCCAAGUGAAGCAAUGCAGCCUUGCUGCCGGCACACACUUGCCCUCCUUUCCCCAGUGCUCCAGCUGGGGAUAUGGUCAGGCUGCCGGUGCAUGAGAUCACAUCCAGCAGGGCUACUCCCUGGAAGCCAAAGUGUUGCUUAGUAACCCACUCAUGGAAGUACCAGAAGCAUUUUUCAAUCUGUCACAUUGGCAAAGAACACUGGCUUCUUGAUUUAGAGGCAUUCUGCUGUGCGUGGCAGGGCCAUGCUCCGUUAUCUUGCAUCCAGUACUAUCUGCAAGCAAGGAAAUGAACCUCCCAUUUAAUGGAGGGGCUGGGAGAAGGUGGGGGUGUGAGGCACAGAAAAUAUUUUUCUAGGACCGUACGUGAAGCUUUUAGCUAGUUCUCCUGGCAUCUAGUCCUCAUCUUAACUCCCUUCCCAUAGGAGAUAUUCCCUGCUUAUGAAAUGCACUCCAGGGUCCUAUAGCAAUUGGCCAAACAGGACCCUGCAGCACCUUCAUCUAUUAUGAGACAUUACUGCAAUAAAACUUGGUGUGUCAUACAGAAACUGGAUGAGGUAUUGCAAUAUUUAUGCUGUAAGCCUCAGUGUCGUGGACAAUUGCUACAGAAUAAUGUAUGUCUUUUCUUAAUGCAGUGGAGUCACAGCAGCUUCAGCAGAGCACACUGAACACAGAUCAUCUGUGAUUGCAUGGUUUCCUCAGUUAUUUUCAAAUUAUUCUGUUACAGAGACUUAAAUGAAAAAUAUCCUCUCAUUUAAAAAUAGACUGUAAAGGCUCUUAGGUUACUCCCCCUUUUAAGAAUAAUUCAAUCUGAGAGCAAAAUAUCCAAGAACUGGAUUCUGACUUCAGAGGCUUACUCCUUUAUCUGGCACUGGUUUAUCAUUAAAAAUGCCUUCAAAAAGUAACUUGAGGGCUUUUAUUUGGGGUACCUUAUUGAUUUUGCUAUCACAUCGCCUCAUUUUGGAAAUAAAAAGGUAUUUUGAACAAAGUCUAGCUUUGAGUUCUGGGGACCAGCUGGACUCUUCCCAUCCUACUUCUUGUUAUCAAAGAUGGUAGAACCAUGGAGUGUAUCCAGCCACGGCAUCACCCAUUUCUGUGGCUUGCCUCCUGUUGACAGAUUGUGUCCUGGAAGCCCUCUGCAAAAAACUGAAGGGCUUUUAUAUGGGUCAUGGAAGGUCCAGGGUGGUCUGAAGAUGAGGUUGUUAGACAAAUGUACCCAAGAGCUCUUUUGGUCUUCAGAGUGUCAUUUACCUGGGAUGAUGCUCAAUGUUGCAGUGAUGAAAUCAGCAAGUUUGUUUCUUGUGUAAAGCCAUGUCAGUGACACACACAACAGUUCAGUGCUAAAGCUUGGCUCAGCAUAAAGAUGAAAAAACAUCCCACAACAUCAGAAGUUCCUGACUUGAUUUCUGAGAACUUUUUGAGGAGCUGAGUACCUUCCUGUGCUCUUUCCCAGUCUAAUGAAUAAAUUUGGCUAUGGAAUAAAGGCUUUCAAAUUCAUUGUGCAUAGUUGUAUUUUUAUUGCACAUAGUUUAAGAAAUACAGAAAUUGAUGAAAAAUUGCUCCUGAUGAGUGGCCAGUAUAAGAGCUUUUGAUGACCUGCUGUGGAUCCCAGAGCAGAAAUGCCUACAUCAGAGAAAUAUUCAGAAUGAACUGGUUUCUCCAGGGGGCAGGGAGCAUUUUUGGCAGGGAAGACUGUGAAGGCCUGAUCUACAUUUUAACUCUUAGAACUGGCUGUGCCAGCUCAGAACUGAUGGAAAGCUUACCAUUGCGAUGCUUUGCUCUGUGGAAAAAGGAUUCAGAGAAGCACGAAGUGUACAAUGCAUUAUUUGUUUUAAAAGUAUCAGGGUAUCUGUUUCCAGUCUUCUAAUACAUUAACCUUGAAGUUUGUUCAUAAUGAAAUAGUCUAGUUUUACAAGUUAGCAAAAGACUUAUUGUCAUAAAGACAGUGGGCUAGGGAAGAGCAGGUGGACUGGGUAACCUCUAGGCAAUACUGAGAAAGCACAUCCACUCCCUGCAGUCACAGGGGAGGGCACCUCUUUGCACUUACUGCACAUUCUGCAUCUUAAAAUUAUUUGAGGUGAGAAUCAUUUUAGAGCAACUGAGUUAGCUACAAAGCAGGAGAUGUUCUAUGAGCCUUAAUUCUUGUUGUUUAGGUUUUGGGGUUUCUAUCUGUUCGUAUGUUCACAGCCUUCUUUUCAACAUUUGAGGAUGCUCUAGGUUACUUCUGUCUCACCUAACUGGGAUCUGCUUGCCCUUAUGGAAACAACAAAUUGUGGGGUGGAAGCUGCCCCACUUCCUGGCUGUACAUACCCCUAUCUAUACAACAUAUAUGUGUAUGUUGAGUGAUUGCAUCGUAGUGGCUUUUGUAAUGCAAUAACUGUGGUGUCAAGAAAAUGUGGUUGGAGAAAACUAUACUUGCAAAUUAACCUGAAUAGAAAAUCAAAGUCAGUGAAAAGGCAAUAUAGCUGAAGAGUUCUUACUGUGAGCCACCACCAUGUUGUCCACAAUAUGCCAGCUUCUGUAUCCUCUAAAUAGCCCUUUAUCCUUUUUGCAGCAGAAGUGGACUUUAAUUUUAUGUUUGUACUCUGAACUGGAGACAGUGGUGUUCAGUCUUUUCAUAAUGUGCUGAUGAAUCAAAGUGCUAACCUUGUCGUGGGUUCGUCAUCUUCUGUAGCUUCCCAGCAAAAUAAUGCAAUGCCAGUUGGUGAAUAGCCUGGAGGAGUUUUGGCUGCUGCUGACUGAAGCAUGCCAUUGAAAUGCUGGUCUUCAGGGCCAGGAGGUUUUGUAUUGAUGCCUGUAAGAAAAACUCAGCAGUGUCAGAUGAACCCAAAUGUCCUAUUAGUCACAUGGCAUGUACAGGGACAAGCCAAAACAACUGAGUCAGGGGAAAAAAAAUAAGGGCUUCUGCCUGAAGAAAAUCUCACAUACCACUCUCAUUUCAGAGGAAAAACCCUUUUGUGACCAAUCCUGGGUGACAAGUAGGUGGGCUCAAAGGCUGGAGAGACACAUAUUUGUAGUAUGUUUGUCACUGUGUCUUUGGUUAUAUAAAUGUACCAGAAUAGGAGAAAAAUGCCUGUCUUUCUUUCAAAUUCCUUUUCAGCUCUGUACACGCCUCCAGGUUGCCUAUUGCUACACCCUGUGAGGCCUCAUUGGAGUUUACACUAUGUUGCUUGGUAUUUGUUUACUUUUGGCGGCCACAGACUAAGGUUACAGGUUUGGGAACCAGUAUAUAAUUGUAAGGACAGCUUCUUGUGUUACUUUUUUCCCCCUCUCCCUCUUUUGUAAAGUGUGAACCUUUCUUUGGAAUUCUGAAGUGACUGUAUUGUUACAACGUUUGUAUGUAGGGAUUUGUUUUGACAUGGCUUGUGUGGAGGACCUUUGCUCUUCUUAUCUCACAUUCAGUUUUAUUAAGUGCUUGAUAGCUUUGCCAGCCUUCUCUGGGGGAGGAGAGGUGAUGGGGUGGCUUCAAAACUUGGCUUUUUUUAAGGGGAAUUUGCCCAGCUUUACCUAGAGCAGUAUGAGAAUCUGGGGUGCUCUUGACUAUUCUUCACUCAUCCUGAUCUGAUUGCUUCUUGGAGAAAGAGAUCAGCCUUGAAACCCUCAGAAAAAAAUAUAUUGCUUAAUGCGCUAAGCCAGCACUGACCAAGAAGGCCCAUCAGUUUGUCACGCAUGGAAACCUGCAUGGUGUUUCACCCCGCCAGAAGGCGGCUGUGCAGCACAGAGUGAAUCAAGGCAACUCACACUGCUCUGUGGAUGCCACUGGAGCCACCACAGCUUGCACCAGCCAAGGACCGGCCCUUCCAUGUUUUGGUGGUUAGGAAACCUGUGAGCGAAAUCCUACGGGGGUUUGAGAGGAGUGGAAAAUGGGUGUUGGAAACCUCUCAACUUCUCAGGAUUUCUUUGGUAUUCAUACACAUUUGCAAGAAUGUAUUCCAAGCAUCUUGUACUGUUAUUAGUAACUUGUACUGUAGUUUGUUAGCAGUGUUGACUACCUACAUAGCUAAUACUCUGUUGCAACUUAGAAAAAGUGUAAACAACUGCAGAAAACAGGAGUUUAGAACUUGUAUGUACUGGUUUUUUUUAUAUUAAAGCACUUCAAUUAAAAGUUCAAGGAAAAAUA